CCUCUGCCACUCUCCUUGCUUCCUCUCCUGUGCGCAGUGCUCCGGCCGCUCCUACCUUCCCUCAUUUCCUCCCCACAGCUGUCUCUCUCUCCUCUCCCUCCUCUCUGAUGCUGGCUCUCCUUCUCUCGCACCACCGAGCCGGAGGAAAUCCUUGGCAGGGCUGGAGUGACUGACUACCUGUUUUGCAUGGUCUGAAUUUCGUGGGGAUUCUGCGCGUCUGGAAAGGAAGAAGGGAGGCUCUCCAUCCCCGGGGGGAUUGGAUUUUACAGAGGAAUGCCAGUGCCUGAGGUGGCGUCUGACAGUGCCAGCGCCGCCGCCAUGUUGAGCCCCGUCCUCAAUGCCUCCAAUGGAGACGGCUCAGAGUCUGAAACCACCUCCGCCAUCCUCGCCUCUGUCAAGGAACAGGAGCUGCAGUUCGAACGUCUGACCAGGGAGCUGGAAGCCGAACGACAGAUUGUUGCCAGUCAGCUGGAGAGAUGCAAACUCGGCUCUGAGACAGGAAGCAUGACUAGCAUCAGCUCAUCAGAUGAGAAGUUUCGCUGGAACAACCAAGGUGAUCUACAAUCUUACGGACAGAAGGACAUAGAGGAGGAGCUGACGACUGGCCUGGAACUGGUGGACUCGUGCAUUAGGUCCCUUCAAGAAUCAGGCAUCUUGGACUCUCAGGACGCCUCUACAGGAGACAGACAAGGACUUCUCUCUCAAAGUGCUUUGCAGCUCAAUACCCAGGAUGCCUAUGCAGCUGCAGGUUACCAUAGUAACCAAGGGCUGACACUUGGGGAAUCGGUCGCAGCCCGCAGUGGACAGGUCGGAGGAGCAGUUCACAGCUACAACCAGGUGACAUCCAGCCGUGCAGCUGUCCAGUUAGUGGGCACAGACUCUUCCUCCCAGUCCCAGAGAGACUCAUUUGCCCAGCAGGUCCUUGGCAGCGCCUUACACAUGUCCACUGAGGGCGGAUCUGCACCUGCUGGACCGUCCAUGUAUUACUCCUGUGCCACUUUGCCUGCUCAGCGUGUCAGCUCCCCUCUGCAGGCGGUAGGAUCCCCCACCAAGCUGCAGCGCCUGGGUUCAGCCUCCGCAGACAUGCCUAGCUACGCCACACUACAGAGGGUGUCUUCUCCCAAACAGUCACCAAGCCGACUUGCAAAAUCCUACAGCACUUCAUCGCCUAUUAAUAUGGUAGCAUCGGGCGCCGCUGGUUCCUCCUCACCACUCCCCAUGGCCACCUCUCCCGGCGGGAAUCACACCUCAUCCCCCAUCCACCAGCUCAGCUCGGCUGUGGGAAGCUACGCCACCCUGUCACCCACCAAGCGCAUGCUGCACCACAUCGGAGCGGACAGCUACAAGAUUUCCCACGAGCUUUACGCCAAUGCAACCCUGCAAAGGCCUGGGAGCCUGGCAGGUAGAGGCUCCAGGGGUUCAUACAGCAGCCAGCACAGUCACCUGGGCUCUGAACUGCGGCCCCUUCAGUCUCCUGAGCACCACAUUGAUCCUAUCUAUGAGGACAGAGUCUACACCAAACCCAACCUUAGAGGACAAGCCCCGUCCUCCCCUGGUGUUGACCCAAUCCCCUUGCAGCGAACUGGAAGCCAGAGCGCUGCAGGCACCUUCCAGAGAGGCAGUUUCGCUACAGGAGGUGGGGCGGCCGAUUACGCCAAUCCGUAUCGCACUCUACAGUUCUGUCCAUCCAGCGAGUCCCCUUACAGCAAGUCAGGCCCGGCACUCCCCCCUGAAGCUGCUCUUGGCAGGUCUCCAUCUGUGGACAGCAUCCAAAAGGACCCAAGGUACGACCCUGAAUUCCUUGUGUGGAAUCAAAAUCAAGCCGAGCAAAGAAUGACAAAGGAGUUUGGCUGGAGGGAUCCCGAGCUGCCAGAGGUGAUCCAGAUGUUGCAGCAUCAGUUCCCGUCAGUCCAGUCUAACGCUGCAGCCUACCUUCAGCACCUCUGCUUUGGAGACAACAAGAUCAAGUCUGAGAUCCGUCGGCAGGGUGGAAUCCAGCUGUUGGUGGACCUGUUGGACCACCGAAUGACAGAUGUUCACCGCAGCGCCUGCGGAGCACUGAGGAACCUGGUGUAUGGCAAGGCUAAUGACGACAACAAGAUCGCCCUGAAGAACUGCGGAGGCAUACCCGCUCUGGUCCGACUACUCAGGAAGACCACAGACCUGGAAAUCCGAGAGCUGCUCACAGGUGUUUUGUGGAACCUGUCGUCCUGCGAUGCCCUGAAGAUGCCCAUCAUCCAGGAUGCCCUGGCGGUGCUGACUAACGCUGUGAUCAUCCCACACUCAGGCUGGGACACAUCUCCCCACACCCAGGAGGACCGCAAGCUUCACCUGCACUCCUCCCAGGUCCUCCGUAACGCCACCGGCUGCCUCCGGAAUGUGAGUUCUGCUGGGGAGGAAGCUCGGAGGAGGAUGAGGGAGUGCGAGGGCCUCACCGAUGCUCUGCUUUACGUCAUCCAGACCGCUCUGGGGAGCAGUGAGAUAGACAGCAAGACUGUGGAGAACUGCGUGUGCAUCCUGAGGAACUUGUCGUACCGUCUGGCUGCAGAGACGUCGCACAACCAGCAGGGUGGCUCUGAGGAGCUGGAUGGCUUGUUGUGCGACACCGGUGGCAAGGACGCAGAGAGUUCUGGGUGUUGGGGAAAGAAGAAGAAGAAAAAGAAGGGGCACGAUCAGUGGGAUGGUGUCGGCCCUUUUCCAGACUUGGCUGAGCCUCCGAAAGGCAUCCAGAUGUUGUGGCACCCCACUAUUGUCAAGCCCUACCUCACACUGCUGUCGGAGUGCUCCAACCCAGACACCCUGGAGGGAGCAGCUGGGGCUCUGCAGAACCUAGCCGCCGGCAGCUGGAAGUGGUCCGUCUACAUCCGAGCUGCAGUGCGCAAAGAAAAAGGUCUACCUAUCCUGGUGGAGUUACUGAGGAUAGACAACGACCGGGUGGUCUGUGCUGUAGCUACUGCCCUGAGAAACAUGGCUCUGGACAUACGGAACAAGGAGCUUAUUGGCAAAUAUGCCAUGAGGGACUUGGUGCAUCGUUUACCUGGAGGCAGCAACAACAACAACACCAGCAGUGGAGGUGGUGGAGGAGGAGGAGGAGGAGGAGGAGGGAGCACCAACAGCAGCGUCCUGGCAGGGAAGACCAUGUCAGACGACACCAUCACUGCAAUUUGUUGUGCUUUGCAUGAGGUCAUAACAAAGAACAUGGAGAAUACCAAAGCCCUGAGGGACGCUGGCGGCAUCGAAAAGCUCAUCGGCAUCGCCCGCAGCAAGGGAGAUAAAAUUCCCAGACAUAGUCCCAAAGUGGUGAAAGCAGCGUCCCAAGUCCUCAACAGCAUGUGGCAGUACAGAGACCUCCGCAGUCUUUACAAAAAGGAUGGCUAUUCACAGUACCAUUUUGUGGGCUCGUCCUCCACGAUAGAGCGAGACAGACAGCGACCUUACUCUUCCUCUCGCACUCCUUCAAUCUCUCCGGUGCGCACUUCCCCAAACAAUCGAUCAGCGAGUGCUCCCGCUUCCCCCAGAGAGAUGAUGGCAUUGAAGGAGAGGAAGGCAGACUACGAGUCGACUGGCAAUGCCAGUUUCCAUGGUAACAAGGGCGAGCACACGUCCCGGAAGGACGCCAUGACGGGUCAGAUCUCUGGUGGAUCUUCGACGCUACAUAGAGGAGCCUAUGUGUCUCCAACUGAUGAUCUAAAGUAUAACCAGGUUUCUUCUCAAGGCUUACCAGCAGAGCCCUAUCCACCCUUCCAAAAUCCCCCCCCACCCGACACCGGCAACUAUGAGGACCAGGCCUUUUAUGAGAGCCAGAUUCACGCAGGAGGUCGCCCCCCGCAGGGUGAACUCAACAUGCACCUACAGGGACUCAAGUCAACUGGAAACUAUGUAGACUUCUACUCAGCCUCCCGACCCUACAGUGAGCUCAACUAUGAAACAAGCCACUAUCCAGCCUCACCAGACUCUUGGGUCUGAAGCGACACAAUGAUGGAGGAGGAGGAGGACAAGAUGAAUGAUGGGGGGAAUGGGGAUAAUUAAAGUUUGGAGUCAGAGCUGAGAGGACAGUUUGCCUCCCUCCUCAUCCUCUCCCCUGUAGUUUCUGAGUAGCAUUAUAGAUAGCAGGACAAAGGAGGAGGAGGUUGGAGCACUAGAAUGGAGACAUUACCACAGGACACUCCUUUCAGAGACGUCUGAGGAAGGCACGAGAGGGGGCGACGGGAAGAGCUGCCACGCAUGUGCAUGCACACCACCUACCAAUCUUACACAUUUUGUUUAUGUGUUAAGUUUCUGAUCAAGUGUUUUAAAGAGUGCUCAGCUUGGCAGGAGGACCUUGGACCCCUGAAGGAUACGUAAAGGAGACAGAUAUGGAAAAAGAGUCAGAAUGUAUUGGGAAAAAUGCUCUGGAGAUCAAAAGGAUGACAGUGAUAGAAGAAAGUGGACUCCAGAACUGGAGGUUAAGAGAGAUUACAUGAAAGUGGUGACCUGUACUGUAUAUAUGUGCUAUAGUAACGUGGCUUGUAGUAAUACGAAGCACAAGAGGCAGCUCUGUAGGACAUUUAGUACUUCACUCGUACUUUAGUUUGGGCUUAAGCAAAGUGUCUCCUUCUCUGGGCGGAAGAAUGGAAUGUUUUUCUUUUCUCUUUGGUUUGAUGUCUUUCUACUUUUUUAAUUCCCAUGUAUAGUAUUUGAUGUCCCACUGUACAUUGACGGAGAUGCAUUGUGUACUGUACAUUGCACUAUUUCUGUGUUAUGUUUAGGCCCUUUUCUGCCACUGGGUCAGCCUCACCUUCUCACCUGAGAUCAUAUGAAAUAGCUGCACUUAAAUCUCACACCACAGACAUCUGUUUGGUCCAAUUGUGAAACACUGGAGAUGAACUGUUGGGUCACGGUGCUCCUUUCACUGCCCUGCUGUUUGCAGACAGUACAGCUGCCAAGAAGAGCUGAAGAGAGACUGAUCUGGCAUACAUUCUUGCUUUAUUUUUCUAGGCUAGCUUUUGCAUUUCAACAUCGUAAAAUGUCUCCUUGUUGUUGAGGCAAAACCCUUACUCCAAGCGACCUGUCACACAUUGUGUAUAUAACUGUGCCAAACAAGCGUAACAUCCCCUCGGCUUAAAAAGAGGGCAUCAAGGAGUGCGUCAAAAGGGUCCAAGUUCAGCUGAACGACUUCUCUGUUCAGACGAAGCCAGUUUGUACAUGCUUUGGUUUUUCUAAACUGUGUUUUACCAAGAUGAAAACUGUCCAACUUGCACUGACAAGAAGAAAACCACAAAUAUGAUAAUGUCAAAAGAAAUUCCACUGAGGGACGGUGGGACCUGGCAGAGCUUCACUCGCUCAGAUGAUGUACAAAUUAGUUGAUUUCUGUGUUGUAAAAUAAUCAAUGUUUGAAGUACAAAACGAAAAAAGGAAAAACUUUUCUGAGAGAUGGGUUGCAGUUCUAACUUCAUGGUAGACAAAUCUGUUAAUAGAGUAUGGAUAUAUAUUAUAUAAAUGCAAAUAUAUACUUUUUAUGUGCAGAUGUGGAUGUCACUUAUAGCAGCAACAUUAAUGAGAAAAGACUUGUAAAAAAAAAAAAAAAAAAAAAGAUAACAGCUACAUGUAGGCCUUUUGUUCACCUCUUUUUUUCUGGUCAACACACUAAAAUGUCAACUUUGUGUAGUAAUGUCGUUGCUAUGUGGGGUAGCGUAGUCCAGGGUCCAGGGUUCCAGGUUGUCACUGAAUCAAGCCAAUAAGGUGCUACAUUUGUGACAAGUAUUACCAACGUGUCGGUAUUUUAACACUGCACAAAAUAUCUCUGGAGCAUUAGGACUAUCUACAGCGCCUUGCUAAAGUAUUCGCACUCCUUGAAGUGUUUCACAUAUUGUUACGUAACAAAAAACAAACUUCAGUGUAUUUGGAUUUGAAUUUUACUGGAUAGAGCCACACAAUGUGGGUGAG